AUGUCUGAGGAUCAGCCUGACAAACGACGCAAACAAGUUGAUGCCCUUCAAUUAGGCCCAAGGAAAAGACCGAGCGUGACUGAUCCAUUGGUACACUACGGACGUCAUUUUGGACGAACGGUCCAUGCUCUUUGCAAUUUCCAAGCCCUCCUUACGAACGGGAUUUUGCGGAUGGGAGAAUUGGCUGAUACUCCAGAAGAAAACUUUACUGCUGACGAGCAUCGCGUCUUUCAAGAACUCCUCAAGUCUGUUGCAGGCCUGGAAGAGCGCUUGAUGCAAGGCGAAGAUGACGAAGUUGACUUAGUUGCAGAUCUGCUCACCAAAGGCGCAUCUGGAGCAAGGGGUGAUGAUACCAAAAGCCUCAAAGGUAGUGUACUCGACUGGAUCACUCCAAAGGGACAGAAUCUAGUCCCCCCUCUCGCUCGCAACGUGAAAAUCGACCGCGGCUUUCAUCAUGAACGGACAGGCACUCUGCUUUGUCCUGCUGGCAUUGACUGGUCAAACCCAGAGACAAAAACUAAGCUACGAAGUGGCGAGAUCAUCGUCACUGGAGACCAGUGGCCAUUGUUUUUGUAUGCCGAUUACCAUUACAAUCCUGAAGACCCAUGGAAUGGUUUAUUUCAAAGUGCCUUGCUGGUUUGUGCGACUCGUUCAGGUAAUGCUCGGAUUCACGGAAUGACCCAAGUUACUUUGCCCUCGGUCGCAUACAUCGCAAUGCAGGUCCGAUUUGCCCUCACAUCGUCACCUGUGUUUUCACACACAGACACAGUUACAGACUCGGAAAGGUUCUACAACUCUAUUUUAGAUGUUUUCGAAGAUCCAGACGAGAAACAAGAGGUAGAUGCCCUCGUCGUAUGGUGGAACAGGCAAGUCUUCCCUUCUUACUCGACUGCGCAACGCCCUCUUGCCAAGAACAGUGCGCUAGCGAGGAUUCGGGAGAAGCGAGCGCGAAUGAAAGAGUCUGUUCUAGUCCCUGAACGUAGUAGUGACAUUGUGUAG